AUGAGAAAACUGAAAUAUCAUGAGCAAAAAUUACUAAAGAAAGUAAAUUUAUAUGACUGGAAAAGAACAAGGAAUGUAAGAGAAGUGAAAGUUUUGAGAAAAUAUGUAGUCCAAAAUAGAGAAGAUUACAUUAAAUAUAAUAAAAUAUGUGGAUAUAUAACAAAAUUAGUUUCAAAAUUAAGAUUAUUACCAGAAAAUGAUGAAUUUAGAAUAAAAAUGACAAAUGAAUUGUUAAAUAAGUUAUAUGAAAUGGGCAUAAUAAAUUGUAAAUCGAGCUUAGCUGAAUGUGAAAAAAUUUCAGUUUCUUCUUUUUGUAGAAGGAGAUUAGCUGUAAUUAUGUUUCGAUUAAAAUUUGUUCAAACUAUACAAAUGGCCAUUACUUAUAUUCAGCAUGGAAAUAUAAGAGUAGGAAAUAAUGUAAUUAUCAACCCAGCUUUCCAUAUUAAUAGAAAUUUGGAGGAUUAUAUAAAAUGGUCGGACGGAUCGAAAAUUGUCAAGCACAUAAAAAAACAUCAGAAUAACAGAGACGACUAUGAACUUUUAGGAAAUUGA